AUGCCUUUUCUUUUUGUUUUUUUUUUCGCUGAAAGUAUUCCCUUUACCCAAAGUGCCACUUACGGCGGAGAGCUUGCGCCAAUGGGACGCAGCAACAACCAACUCCGCCGGACAGCAAAGGAACGUGGUAAACCGUUUAUUCCUAAGAAGCGGAAGAGUAAAACAUACAAUCAAAUUCGCAGUAUGAAAAUUAAAGAGAGCCGCUCGACUCCUCGUAAACUCUCGUAUCGCAACGUCAUCACGAAGAAAGGGGGCGUAACCAAACGGAAGUUCCGCCCUGGGGGGUACAACAGCAGUGGAAAAUUCGGUAAGGCUGCAGGCGCAAAGGAAAAUGCACGAAAGGGUUCACUCAGUGGCACGAAGAAAGGCGGUAAGCGUUGA